UAAAUGGCGUCAUAUCUCAUUUCCCCGCAUUUAAUGUAGAUGACACAAGAGGUGGAGAAAUGGGUGUAUUAUCAUUUGCUGAUUUUUUUUCGGGAGAUACAGCCAUGACACUUGGAAGAUGGGCCCCUGGAAAAGUGAAAAUAAAUUCUGGAAUACAAGGAGGUCCUAUGGCGUUCUUUGAUAAGAAAGAUACAGUCAUCAUCUCGCCGUUUAGUGAAUUCACAGCUACCAACACAUUUUUCGAUAGCGAGGCUGGCAGUAUUAGCUGGGGUUUGAAAGGUGGUAUUGAAGAAGUACCAGAAAACUUUUUACAACAAUAUAUAGUAAUGUACAGUCCAGAUGGAAUUAAUGCUGCAUUCCGUGAAUGGGGAGAUGUGAUGAGAUCAUAUUAUAAUCGACCAUCAUCAUACAGAGAAUCAGAUCUUACCAAUAAUUAUCUCGGUUAUUGGACUGAUAAUGGAGCUUAUUAUUAUUACCACCCAGCAGAUCAACAAAAUUAUGAAGACACCGUUUAUGGAGUUAUCGAUUAUGCUAACAAGCUAUCGAUACCUUAUAGAUAUUUUCAAUAUGAUGAAUGGUUUUACAACACAGAUCAACAUAUUGGUACAUUGACAUGGGACGCAUUACCUGGUGUAUUCCCGGAUGGUCUCAGAUAUGUUUACAAUAAAACACAGUGGCCUGUUAGUGCUCAUAAUAAAUGGUGGUCAAGCAACACAACCUAUGCUAAACAAAAUGGAGGUCAGUUUGAUUUUGUACUUGAGGAUGAUGUUGGUUUUGGUAUUCCACUAGAAGAGGAAUUCUGGAAUUCACUUUUUAGAGAGGCGAAAACGUGGGGAAUGAUAGUCUAUGAACAGGAUUUUCUAGGAACGUCAAAUCAGAAGAUGAAGUCUCUAAAUACAGAUGUUUACCUGACAAAGAACUGGUUAAAUCAGAUGGGGAAUGCGGCACAGAAGAAUGGAAUAACACUUCAGUACUGUAUGGCCUUUCCAUUACACAUUUUGGCUGCUUUAGAAAUACCGACAGUUACACAGGCGAGAGUUUCCGCAGAUGGUGUGCCUGGCAAUACUAAUGGUUGGAAGAUCGGAAUAACAUCUCUUUUUCCACAAGCUAUGGGUAUCGCGCCUUAUAAAGACAAUUUUUGGACAACAGAAUAUCAGCCUGGUAAUCCGUAUGGUGGAAUGGCAACUCAACCGUUUUUACAACUAACAGUGUCAGUAUUAACUACAGGGCCUGUUGGGCCUAGUGAUGGUAUAGGCUUCACAAAUGUAGAUUUGUUAAUGAGAUGUUGUAAUAAAGAAGGUUUAAUAUUGAAACCUGACCUGCCAGCUCUCGCCAUUGAUAAUCAGAUUAGACAGGAAGCUUUUGCGGAUGGUUCUGGUCCAAUGGGUGAGGUUUAUGUCACAAAAUCCGUUAUUAAUGGAUUAGAAUUUGGAAUUAUAUUUGCUGCGGAUAUGAAAGAAUCAUACCAACUUCGGCCUAGUGAAACUGGGCUUAAUGUUACAUCUGGUAUGGUGAUGCCCACUGUUUUCUUCUAUUCUGAUAAUCCAAUCGUAAAAUUUACUGAAGACAACCCACUAUCUUUAACAACAGAAUGUGCUACAUUCCAAUUCUGUCUAUAUUAUACCAGUCCAGUAUUAACUGUUGGGAACCUGACAGUAAUGAUAUAUGGUGAAGUCGGUAAAGUGACACCCAUGUCUAACAACAGAGUUAAAGGCAUCAGAGCGACCUCCGACGGGGACAUUCGCAUAAGAGUAGCGGGAAGUGGUAACGAGUCUGUGAUCUUCCGUUUCUUGCAAAAUACACAGACAGUAGAUAUAACCUGUGUUAUUGGAAUGACAUCUACGGCUACUAUUAGUUUACUAAACAGGAACUGUGAAUCGUUUUAAAACGUUCAGGAAUAUUAAUUGAUUUAAUAAAGACAGUUAAAUGUAUUUAUUUAUGUAUAUGUUUGUAUUCCGUGUUAUGAAA